GCCCUUGGGCGUUCCUCGUUACCUUAGCAGCAGAAUCACUUGAUUUGAUGUGGUGAAGUUAUGGCUGGUGAUCCCAUGGACCUUGAUAAUUGAUAUGAUAAUAUAAUUAGUGUCAGAAUUUUAAUGCCGAGAAGCCGCAUUGUUUAGAUUUAAUAGCUCGUUAGAUAAAGCUGUUUGACGCGUCGUAUCUUUAUUUUCAUCUAAAAUAAUUCUUUUCUUGUUAUAAAUUCCACAAUUGAAUGAACUGCGCUUAACGUCUAAAAUGACCACCCCAGAAUCCGAAGAAGGAGGGGUUCUUCGGGAAUGGGCUCCCAUGAGCAGAUUCCUUCAGCAGGUGCCACAGAAAAUGUGGCACAGCUUUUUCUUCGAGGAUGUCAAGUUCACAUGUAUCGCAGCGGAUACGGACUGUAUAGCUAUCGGCACAUCUUCAGGGGUAGUCUUCUGGUACGAGAGGAUGUCACACAGUGUCCAUCAAUUAAAGGCUGAGAAAAGCAAUCAUUACGUUUCUUGCGUUAGCAUUACAUCGUCAGUCGAAUAUAUGGUAGCCUCAGGUGACAAAUCAGGAGUGGUAACAAUAUUCAGGAUACCGAAGGAUAUCCCGAAGCUGUUACCAAAUCAGAAAACCGAACGGAUUGAGAGGUAUACAGUUGAUGAACUCCAUUCAUCAGAAAUCACUGCCCUGGUGUGGAGCAUGAACGGACAGAAACUAUUCAGUGGGGAUUCAAAAGGGCGGGUCAUCCUUACAGAAAUCGACUACUUUAUGAGCAUUACAAGGGCAUAUGAAAUUUUAAAUGAAAAAUAUAAGAUAGUGCAACUUAGUUAUAACCAAAGAGAGCAGAUACUUAUUGUUGCCACAGAACUCAGGUCAGUCAUUUGUCACAAAAGAAGCCCAAGUUGGAAAGUUGUACAAAUUGGCCAGCGUGAAAGGCACAGUCUGCUCGAAUUGGGUGCAAAUUUUUGUUUUGAGGAAAACAACCAACUGAAUGUUUAUAGCUGUAGGGGAGGGUUGCGAUUAUGGAAGUCUGAUUUAGAGGGAAAUGUCAAACACACAAUUAUUUUCAAAGAAUUAGUCAAUUCUUCUGUGAAUCCUGUAAAACUUUUGAGGCCUAUGAAGAGGAGAAAAGAAGCUAAAUACAAGCCUUAUGAGUUUGGAAAAUUGUUUUAUUGGACCGAUGGCUUGUAUGUCGCCCAUUAUGAGAAUAAUCUUAUCGUCCUGGAUCCUGAAAGUAUUACCGUUGCGGCUACAAUACUUGAUGCAGAACAAAAUUUUACAUCUGUCGCUACAACAAAAAUGGAAAUAUUUAUUAUUUUUGGAGGAAGAAAUCUUAUCAGACUUGCCUACGCACCAGAUAAAUUCAAUAGCAGCAUUGGUGGAUAUGGGAAUUUAGCAUCAGCCGAACUGGUAUCUGGUUUGCCAAACUUUUAUAUAAAACCUGUUGUAGGUACUCCUAUUAAUACACCCGAAAACUCAUUUUGUAGAGUUAAACUUUCAGCAACUACGGCUAAUACCGAAUUACCUGUGAGUGAAGUGACAUAUGGAACAGAGUCAGUGACACUUUUAAACCCAGUGCUAACAAUGAGGGAUGGGAUACCAGAACUGAGAACUGAUACUUCUCGUUACCACCUUUUCUCGGCUAUUGGGCAACAAGACUUUGAUGAAAUCGUUUACAUCAAAAAAAAUAAAUUGAAACAUAAAACGGCAAAGAAUGAUAAAAGAAAAUCUUUCCCACCUGUUUCAACAAAAACAUUGAAAAAUGUCAAUUAUGAUUUUGACGAGCCAUUAAAUUCGAGCACAUUUCCAGGUGACUUAUUAAUUGAUUUAAAAGAUCGUGAUGACAUUGAUAAAGUGUUUAGGGAAAAUGAAUCCCUUUUGGAUAUAAUUUUACCUUCCCUAUCAGAAGUUUCAUUGGACAAACAUCCAUCAUUGGAUUUGCACAUUGACAAUAUUAGUAAAUUUUCGGAGAGUCCAGGAAACAUUUUAAAUUUGGAAAAUACUACAAAACAAGAGGAAAGUGAAGGAAUUGUUUAUGAAGAUUUAUCAAAGUCAUUUUUAAAUGAGUUCAUAGAUGAAUCAGUUAAUAGUCACAAUAUUGAAACAUCUACACCUAAUAUUAGCUUUGAAAAUAACAAUCCUAUAACUGAAGAUCAAUUGGUUGAUAUUCCUCUAAAUUCUAAUUCGUCCUUCACCAAGGAAAAUGGUGAUUCUCCGCUAUUAGAUGACAGCAUAACUGACAACGAACAAUCAAGUGAUAUAGUUUUUGUUGGAGAUGAAGAGCAACCUGCGGUUAUAAAAUUGACGAGUGAACAUUACAACCAUCAGGAACUCGCCUAUUCUCAGAAUUCUGUCUCCACAAAAUCAUUUGAAUUGUUCUCAUACCCUGUCACUUUUAGAGAUUUAUCGGGUGGCUGGAGUGAAAUGUCCUGUCCGGAGAAAGUAAUUUGGAUGUGCCCGUUUAACAAUGGACUUGUAGUAUGCAGCCCUCGACUUAGAGUGUUCAUUUACAAAGAUAAAGAAUGGUGUAAAUUGCCUUAUAAAGCACAAACCGUCAUCAUUACAAAUGAUGAAAAAUUGACAGUUAAGGUGCAUUGCUCUAUAGCACAUUUUACAGAUAACUUUUCCUCUCUGAAUGAAAACUGGAAACUAUUAUCCCAUGGUGUUGACUGGGUAACCAUUACUGAAGAUAAAACCAUUUGGUUUGUCACACAGGGUGAUAUAUAUUUCUUAAAAUAUAAUAACAAUAUAGUCGAUCAACUGUUCUGUAACCAAAAAGUACAAAAAGUCUAUUCAUGGAAAAAGGAUUUAUAUGCUAUCACAAGUGACAAUAAGAUUAUUACUUUUGAUGGUCAAAACUGGUAUAAUCUCAAAACACCUAAACUAGGAGUGAAACAUAUAGUUAUUGGUCCAAAUCGUUUAAUAUGGGCAACAGAUUUAGCGAAUAAAUUGUUUGUAUCCGAUUUUCUAGAGUUGACAAAAAAACCCAAACUGAGCUGGUGGAAGGUGGACAUUUGUGGUAAAGAACCCUUCGAUGCGACAUCAUUAAACAGAAGCGAAGAAGGAAUCUUUGUAUCAAAUGGUGAAAGCGCUUCGGUACUGUUCAAUAAAAGUUCAGUCCUUGGCCACAGGUGGAUAAAGAGUGAAGUUGACAUGAAGUGCUUGCAAAUGACUGCGGAAGGUGUUUUUGAAGAUAAAGGUUGUGUCUGGCUUCUUAGCACUCCAAGUCAACUCCUUUCAGUCACACCAUGCCUUUCAGAUUACGAGAAUAUUGAUGUACCAUGUAACAUUAUAUGCAUUGCGGCAAGUCCUCAAGUAUUGUGGUUGUUAUCAGACGAGGGAGAAAUUUAUGUUAGGCAGCAAAUAACAAAUUGCAACCCAUCUGGGGUGAAUUGGGCAAAAUUAAAUUUAGAACAGUUCGACCAUGUCACACAAAUCGUUCAUAUUAGCUGUGGCUGUGAUGUUGUGUGGGCCUGCGAUAUAAGAGGAGUUGUUUUUAUGCUGGUGGCCUCGCCCCACGAAAUACACAGUUAUUCCUUUUCCCCUGCUUGGGUCAGAGUUGAAGGCCGACCAAUUCACAACAACACAUUUACCAAAGUUUUUGUAGGGCCGCAGUCCCAUAUGGUUUGGGCAUUGGAUAAUGCCGGUAAUGUGUAUGUAAGGGAGGCUAUUUUUCCCGACUUUUUGGUUGGAACUGACUGGGUACAUGUUCCUGGUAUUGUAGCAUCACAGCUAAGUAUUAGCACUGAGACAGUUAGGGCUUUAAGCAAAGAGGGCAUUUACACAAGGGUCGGUAUAACUCAGAACAAUUACAUCGGAGACGCUUGGCAGUUAAAAUCCAUACAGAUUGAACAUCUCUCAGUUACUGUUAAUGAGUGCAUAUAUGCUGUUUCAUCUGGUACGAACACUCUCAUGACUCACAUUGAGAAAAUAUUUCCCAUCUCCGAGGACGUCUUUGUGGAAAAAGAUUGGAAUAUUCUCUGAAACAUCACCUCUCUGAUAGAUUUUUUUCUUCGUAUUAUAACGAUACCUCUCGCAGCCCAGGAUAAUAUGGUGGAAAUGAUGAAAAACCUGCCUAACUGCGUGAUACUUUGAUUUUACCUGUAUAUUGAUAAUACUGCCUAAGUUUUUUUGUCACUGAUUUAUUAAAUUUCUAAAUUUUUAUAAAUUGCAAUUAAGUUUUUAACCUUAAAUUAAAUUUCUUUUUCGAUAAAAUUUUAAUGAUAUUACGAAAAGAAUAAUUUUUUAUUGUCUCUUACAUUCCAAAUGAAAAAGUUGGGCUUUCAAAAGCUUAUUUCCUUAUAUAUUAUAGUUGUCAUGAACUUUACGUUUUGGCUUUUUUGAAAUGUGUUUAUUACUAACUGAAUUUCUUUAACUAAUGAAGAUUAUUUCUUUAUAAGAAUGAAUAGAACAUUCAGUUCCAGUUUAACAUUUAGAUAUGUACCUUUAGAAUAGUUAAUUAUUAAACAUUUGUAUUUAGUACAUCACUUUAGUGUUAAGCCCUCCUGAAAGAAUCAUGUUACUGUAUUACAUUUUAGCAGAAAAUAUUUAAUUAUUUCUACAUAUGUGGUGUAAAAAUUGACCAUUUGUUAAAAAAAAGCGACUAUUACCUAUUGACCAAUAUUGUAGUGUGCACUUUGUCAAUUUAUUUUUAAUAAUUUUUUACCUACCUAUUUAUAAUAUAUUUUUGUAAAUAAUAGUGGAGUUGCUUAAAAAUUAUAAGCAAGAACAGGCGCUGGAAAUUAGGUAUUUGCUCAUUUUUCAAAGAAGGCUAACUCUGAAAUCAAUUACCUCGGUAGAAGUUCAUAAAAUCAAUUAUUAAUAUAAGGAACACAUAAAAUUUGUACAAAUAAAUAAAUGUAGACUAUUAUUAUUAUUGAAACUUUUAACAUCACGUACAAUUCUUUUAAAAAAUAUAAAAUAUUUACUAACCAUUGGUCAAAGCACUCUAGUCACACUGAUAUACCAAAUUUCAUAAAGACUUUUUAUUAUUGCACAUAAGUUGGUUUUAUUGAUAUUACUAUUUUUAUUAGAUUUUUUGUUAUUUAUUUUAAAAAUCAUUGACCCACCUGUUACAUAAACAUUUCUAGUUUCAAUGAUGUAGUAAAUAAUUUUUUAUAUUGUGUAUAUAUUGGUUUUAGUGUUAAUUAUAUUGAAAAUCAUUGACCUAUCUUUUUUGGCGUGUAAUGUUACUUGAAUUUGACUGUGAUAUCUUAACAAAAACCUGUACAAUCUGAUGUAUUUGUAAAUUGUAAAGCUGUUUUUAAUUAUGAUAAGUUAUUUCUAACUUCUUUUGUAUUAAUUGUGUAAAAUGGUAUAUAUUUAAAAAUGCUUUUACGAAUAGUAAAUCACUUUAAGGCUAUACUUUAAAAGUUAAAUUUAAAUAAUUAAAAGGUUUAAAUUGUUGUAUGCUUUAAUAGGGGUGUCACUGGCCGCAGCGGUUUAGGCAUUGGUCGGGUGCACAUCAUUGUAACAUGAAGAUCCUGGGUUCAAAUCCAGCAGUCCUCCAUUUGAACUCGA